CUGGAAUUAGUGUAGUCGAGUGACUAGACUAACACCCAUUAAGAAUUAACGCAGACUUCAAAGUAAACCGAAACAAAAAGAAGCGAGUGCAAAGAAAUUAAUCGUUUGAUACAAGGUAUUGGAUACCGAGAUUUUACACCGAACGGGCGGCCAUUACAAGAGUUGCGGAUGCUUCCGAGAAGUUGACGAUAAUGGAGGAUGAGUCGUUUAUGAGCGAUGUUGAGGAUUAUGUUAAACAGCAUAAUGUGCACGAAAUUCUCAGGGACUGCGUUGUUAACUUGUGCCUACAUCGUCCAUGUAAUCCAAUUGCAUUUCUCCGUGAGUAUUUUGAGAAGUUGGAGGUUUGUAAUGGAAAAUGUACUGCAGCAUCAACUAGUCAUGUAACUGGGUUCGCUUUUCAUAAACACUCAGAACGCAAUGAAGAUUCACACACAUUACCUAUAUCAAAUACCUCCAGUCGCCCUUUCCAACAUGAAGUUAAAAGUCAUGGGAGUGGUUGCUUUGGUGUUAUUAUUCCCUCCGUAAGCUCUCAAAAUUGUGGGCAAUCUUCAAAAAUGAAUAACCAUCGAUGCUCCUGUGAUACAGAUAAUCUUAUUCCUAACACUCUUGAAAAAAGUUUGACCGAAACUCCUUUGAAAGUUGAUAGUAGUUACGAAUCCAAUAAUAUGAAUGAGGAUGGAAGUGGUUAUGAUGGGGGAAAUAGUGGGGGGACGAGAGGCUUGUUAGCUGUAUCACCUUCCGGAGUUAGUUUAACUAGACGUCGAUCUCGAAGAGGAGCAGUUAGUGGUGAAGUUUAUACAGAAGAAGAUGCUGCAUCUUACGUUAAGAAGGUUGUACCGAAGGACUAUAAAACGAUGACAGCUCUUUCAAAGGCUAUCGCCAAAAAUGUCCUAUUUUCUCAUUUAGAUGAGACGGAAAGGAGUGAUAUAUUUGAUGCCAUGUUCCCUGUACAUCGUAAUUCAGGCGAUGUGAUUAUUCAGCAAGGAGAUGAAGGUGAUAAUUUCUACAUAAUCGACCAGGGUGAGGUUGAUAUCUUCCUCAAUAAUGAGUAUAGUAGUACAAUCGGGGAAGGAGGUAGUUUCGGUGAACUAGCUCUCAUCUACGGUACGCCUAGAGCAGCUACGGUUAGAGCGAAAACGGAAGUUAAAUUAUGGGGUAUUGAUCGAGAUUCUUAUAGAAGAAUAUUGAUGGGGAGUACUAUUCGUCGUCGAAAAGUGUAUCAGGAAUUCCUAUGUCGUGUACCUAUUUUAGAUAAUCUUGACAAAUGGGAACGAUUAACUGUAGCAGAUGCUCUCGAACCAGUCCGUUUCGAAGAUGGUGAAGUUGUUGUACGUCAAGGUGAACAUGGUGAUGACUUCUUUAUUAUUACAGAGGGUACAGCUGCUGUUUUACAAAGGCCAUCUGAAUCGGGUGAACAAGUUGAAGUCGGUAAAUUAAGACCAUCAGACUAUUUUGGUGAGUGUUUUAUUUGUCUAAAGAAUUUGUAUAAGUUGUUAGCUUAACAUAGGGUAUCAAAACACACAGUUUAACGCUUUGUUACGUCGUGAAGCUUUAAUCUCAUUAAACACUAGAAACUUAGCACUCACUACAAAUAAUUUAUUAUAAUUGCAAUCUAGAGUUCUGGACAUUAUCGACUUAGUUUUUUUAACCAUAAAUCUGUAAAGUACGAAAUUAGAAUACAAUCUAGUUCGAAUUCAUUAAACGAAAGUGAUAAUUCUUUAGGUCUUUAGAGUAUAACUAUGUCUACUCUAUCAUGUGAAAGCAAUCAUACACCUGAUUUAUAUUAAUUGAAUGAAAGUCAACAUGUUUCAGGUCGUUCAACGCUUAAACAAAUAAACGAGUUUCAAUAGUUUUUAUCCUUUCAUUCGUGAAUCCAGGUAAAUUACAAGAAUCUUGAAGAGUAAAUUGUAAAUGCACGCAAAAAUGCUGGGACGGAGUGGAGUAAACGUUGACAUUUACAAAAGUUUGUGGACUGGUAUUUCAGAAAGUGCGUCAUCCAUUACGGUAAGGUGCAAGACAAAAAGGACUUAGAUUCGUGCAAUCUAAAGUAUGUUACUCAUGAGAACCUAACAUAUUGUGGAAUUUUCAUGCGCACGUCUUAUUAGUUGAUCGUUGACUCACUACUUCAGAUCGACCAAUAUUGUACUGUCCACCUUUAUCUUUGUUAAGUAUUGGUACUCAUUGAUAAUUUAAUCACGUUGAAUGUAAAAUAGACCAGUUAUUAUUUACUAUCGAGCCAUUCAUGUGUUGUGUAAUCUGAUGAAGAUAAAAAGUUUUCGUUCUAAUAAACCUCAGAACACGUUAUUCCAGGUAAUAUGAUAAACCACAUGUAACCGAAGAAACAGAAAAUCUCUUUCGGUGAAUUCGAACCGCCAAAAUCAUCUGAACGGUUUAUGGUAGAUAUUAGCGAGAAAAUUUAGAUAAGACAUAAGUUGUUAUAAAGUGAAUUGUCUAGUCUAUAAAUAAGUAGUGUAUAUACCUCGCUGUUUCAUCUACAUGAGCAGCUUAUUUUGACAAAGUAGAAUGUUUAACUUAAGAGUGCCUUACUAGUAAAAUGAACAUACGACCUCGUCCUUGAUGUAUUUUACUGGUGCUUUCAAUAAAUACGUCACUCAUCUGAAUAAAAAACUGACUCAAAAUAUAGGGCUUGGUUUGAUGAGUGAGCUAAAUUUUUUGACUAAACGAAUUCUAUUCUGGCGAGAAACUGCCUCACUUCCCUGGUAUGCGUAUAUUUAUGGAAAUAAUACUCCAUUUAGAUGUUAUUUUCGGCACACCUCACUGUUGAUUUUUCGGUUUCUAUUUAUUUAUUUAAACAUAAAUAUUGGUACAAAUGGGCAUCGAAUACAUUUGCACCACACAAGUCACUUGAUUUGUGUGUGGGCUGUGAUACUACUCGGGUAUCCAGACCAAAGCAGGUGAUUUUCUCAAGGGGUCACGCCCGGAGCCUUCAGCCUAAAGGUGUGAUCCACAAAGCAAUGGUGCAACGCCAGGAGGUGCAGUCCCAUGGUAGCAGGUGAUCAAUAAUUGGUCCAUACGCCACUUGUCCCAUCAUGACCCUGGAGCCCAUGUGCACCAGUGGUUUGGGACCAGGGUUUUCCAACUCCCCUAGCUGGGUCCUCCGUGUCCACCAACCCGGUUGAAGCGCCGGACAUUCGCUUUUCGUCCUGUCAAUUUCGUAAACAACACCCCAGCCGCGAGAAGGCGAUGAGUAGGACUUCCCUAGCAGUGGCUGUAUACGCGUGGUCAUGUGAGAGCAUUUCGAGAAAGUGAGCUAAUUCUCCCCACCCUCGGUCGUACCAGGACAUUUCGAGACUAUAUUUGGAAGUCAUAGAUACAGUUAAUCUGAUCCUAGAUUUGUAACAGGUUACAAUAUUUGCACUAGACUGUAAGUCAACUUCUCGUGUUCAGUCGAACUGUCAAGGUGCUGUUUAGUAGCAUUUUCAGUUUUUCUUCUGUUUGCACACUGAAGAGAAAUUCCAGCAAACCGACAUGUCACUGAAAAUUGCUUGUUCGCAUCACUAAUUUAUUUAAUCGUAUUGUAUCGGACAGUAAGACUUUCUGCUAUCUUGUUUACAUCACUCGUUAAUCCUAUUACAUCUAAUCGUUCUGUAACUAGUACUGAAUUCGCCCAUUUUGUGCAUUAGUCGCUAGUAAAUCAAGUGAUGUAAACGUUAGAAAGUAGCACAUUUCUAGAAUCUAAUAUUUGAAUAAUCUGAGAAUAUUUUAGCUCAUAAAUCGUAACGCACAACUAUCAGUUACUUGUCCCCUUGACACAUGUUGGUAUAUAUUCCCCAAUAAUACACCUACAUUUUAUAUAAUAACACCGUAAAAAGUCGUACUGUUAGCAAUUUCUGUUAAAAUUAAAUAUAUCAUUAAUUUUCUACGCACUUAUUUUACUUUUCAAAUUUACUUUACAUAGGUGAGAUUGCUUUACUGCUUGAUCGACCACGUGCAGCAACUGUUGUUGCCCAAGGUACUCUACGUUGCGUGAAACUUGACCGCAAACGAUUUGAGCGUGUCAUGGGUCCGUGUUCAGAUAUUUUGAAACGCAACAUAGCUAAAUAUAAUAGCUAUAUUUCUUUGAGUGUAUGAAUUUGUAGUUCUUUUUUAGGGUAAUUAGUUCCCAAAAUGGAAAGUUGGGUCUACUCAGUAUGAAUUCAGAAAAGCUGCGAAUCUUCCAAAGUAAUUUGUUUUACUAUAACGCAGGUUACUUAAUUUAUUGUAAACGCCAACAAUGGAUUCUGUAUUUAAUAUCCUCGACAUAAAUAUACGUUAGAAACGCC